UGAAGAAACUCCAACUUUAGAUGUGGCUGCUCGAACGAGCACGUCACAUACUUUAGUAAUUUCAGAAAAACCAGUUGAAGGGGAGGAAUCGUCGCCUCCUCAACAAAAUGUUGAUACAUCUACUCCUCCUUCGAGCCCCCGUGCCCCUUCACCAAAAAGGGCACGGGUUGAAAAGAUUGUUGAUCCUGCCCCUCAGUUGGGCAGUUCGUCGACUCUGCUCUUAGAUGAUCCAAUGAUCAAAGAGCUUCUUCGGAUCGGGUCCCAAUUUGUUGGGUACCGUGAAUAUGCCGCCAGAGCCGAAGAAAAACUUUCAGAGGCCAACGAACGUGUCGACGCACUUGCUCAAAAACUCGAGCAAAGUGAGGCGGCUCGCAAGAAAGCUGAACUUGCUGCUAGUGAAGCCAAGGCCGAGGCUGAUGAAGCCAAGGUGAAAGCUGCUAGUGUUGAAGCGUUGCAGAAAAGUCUCACAGAUGCUGAAUCUGCCUUGAAUGAGCAGAAAACUGCACAAGCUGCACGUGAGCAAGAUAUCAUCAAGCGCUUGAAGUCGCAAAGUCGACGUACGCUAAGCAUAUGCAGAUUCGGGCAAGAACUUUUCAAGAACGAACAUGAGGAAGCAUAUCUCCAACACACCACCCACCGCCGCCUUUCCACCUGCGCGGCCAAGGACGACGGCGCGCACCCACGGACGCCGCUAGCCGUCAUAGCCGAUGCCUCCUCUCCACCCGAGGCCACCUCCCAGGCACCCAAGAAGCCCUGCUAA